CCGAUUGGCACAAAGGUAAUUGGAUAGUAGUAAGAAAGGACUCUUGCCCAUUGGAGCCACUUCUAUCCCCAUUCUCGAAGGACCACUACCCACCAUUACCAAUCACCAUUUUCAAACACAACUCUCCUCAAGCUACUCCCUUUUCUAAUUGCUACUGUUCAAUUAUGCUUCAACGGAUUCCUCGAAAAACUUGAAGAUUACCCAAUUCCCAAUUUCCUACAAUAAUAGAAUGCCAUAAUUAGAGAUAAUAAAUCUGUGAAAGUAUCAAAUGGGAGAGGGAGAUGCAGAAUCAAAUGGGGGAUGGAGCAAAGCAAGAGGAUUGGUUAUUAAAACCCUGCUAGUUGUAGGAGGAGCUCUUUUUAUCCGUCGCAUUACUAAAUCUACCCCUCGGAUUGAUCAUGCCCGUUUUAUUUCCCAAUCUCUUUCAGGCGAAAAGAACUCUCAGGAACAAGCUGCUAAAGACCCUGACCAUUAUUUGAAUAUGAGGAUGGUUGCAUGUCCAGCUGCAGAAAUGGGGGAUGGUUCAAAAGUUCUGUACUUCGAGCAGGCAUUUUGGAGAACUCCUCAGAAGCCCUUUCGGCAGAGGUAUUAUGUGGUGAAGCCCUGUUCCAAGGAGAUGAAAUGUGAUGUUGAGUUGAGUUCAUUUGCGAUUAGAGACAUGGAGGAGUAUAAGAACUUCUGUGAUAGGCCAAAGGAUCAACGCCCACUUCCAGAAGAAGUUAUUCGGGAUAUAGGAGAACAUUUGACAACUAUUCGUCUCAAACGCUGUGCACGUGGAAAGCGUUGCUUAUAUGAAGGGAAAACACCACUUGAAGGAUUUCCUAAUACUUGGAACAAUGCUGCAUACUGUACAUCAGAGAUGUUCGUCUUCAAAAACAAUGAAAUACAUCUGUGGGAUAGAGGAUAUGAUGAUGACGGAAAUCAAGUUUGGGGAAUCAAAGAAGGCCCUUAUGAAUUUAAGCCUGCAUCUACGUCCAGCUUCGAGGACGUAUACACUCCUUUGAAUUUAUCCCCAUUAUCCUUGGACAAAGUAAUAGAGGGAUCAUUGGUUCUUCAGGAGUGAUUACAAAGCCUAGCUGUAAAGGCACCAUAAUAGUUACAAUUGCUGGAAGGUAGAAUAGAGGGGUCCUCAAUCUUUGUACGAAUGAACAGAGAAUCUUAAUGCACCAAGAUAUACUUUUGAGAAGUCUCUACAAAGAAAAAUGUUCCGACAAAGUGGCAUAAGUCUACAAUGGGGCCUUCGUUCAUGGUAAGGAGUGCUCAAUUAUAAAUGCGAAAGAAAAAACAAGAAUGAAAAGUGUGGCUCACGGCUCACCCACAGUCGUGGCAUAUAUAGGCUUGCUCGGAAGCAACACGCAUAGAGAACUUAGGAGCAGUAGCAAGAUUGACACUGGGAAGACAGAGUGUGGAAAAGGCGAACAAUGAUCGCAGUGCAAAGCAGUGAAAGGGGCGUCUGAGGCCGCAACUGGUGCCCGCAGGAGGCACCAGAGCUGAAGGUAAUGUCCAUGUCUUGUUUGAAGUUUCUGUUGCUGCUUGUUGCUAUAAUUAUAGUGUCAUUGCCAUGCCCCUUCUUUUUGUGUGUGUGUUUCUUGAAUGUUACAAAAAUGUCAUAAUCUAUUUUUUUUUAAAUAUAAGAUUUGAGACUCUUUAAUUUGAUCAUUUUGGCUUUAACUAUUUAAGCCUCCUAGUAGAGAGAUGAAGGGCAAAGGAAAGGCCAAAGGGGAGAUUAUUAGUGGAUUUAAAAUGAAAUGUGGUUGGUUUUUCCUUGCCUUCCUUAUCUUGUACAAAUGCACUCCCUUGAGAUACCAAAAUGUGCUAUGACUAGAGCUGUUCAAUGGGGCGGGCCCUGAUUAAAGCCUGUGACCUGGCCAUUAAAAAAGGGUCUAGUCUGCUAAAUUUUUUAAAGGGUCGGGAUUUAACGGGUCGACCCAUAAAGAAAAUUAGCCGGAUGGGGUGGCUUUUAACGGGUCAUGAUUAAUGAAACUUUUUACAGUGAAUCUAAUGAAUGACUUACCAUUGCGUUAUCUUUCUCUCAUAAGUAUGCUUGAGCUUGUUCUCACAUAACUAUACAAACAUAAAAUAGAGUUAUUUUUGAUGGUUAAUUCUACAAAUUAAGGCAAAAUGGUAGCAACAAAUAAUAAUUCAAUGGCAAUUGUAUAUAUAAUAUAUAGCUGGGUCUCAUAAGGUACAAGUAAAGAAAAAAUUUUACUAAAUAAGACUGUGAUAUUUAAUGUGAAUUUAUCAAAAGAGAAAAUUAGAAAUUUCACUAGAAUAGGAGGCUCAUCUUGUGAUUUAGUCUGUCCCACAUUCUUGUGAUUUAGUAUGUCUCACAUUGUUUACCUUAUUUUUCCUAUUGCACGUGACCUUACUUAAAUUACCCUAAUAAAAAUCACAUUUAAAUCUAUAAUUGGUAAUUUCUCCAUUAAAAUACCCACUCUGUAUUUGUUGAUUAUUAUGAAUCCUAGCAACCUCAAGAGGAUAAAGAAGAUGGAGAAGUACUUCCUCCGUCUUGAAAUACUCGUUAUUUAACGAUUUUGACACUAUUUAUCGUUCAAGCUUAUUUUAUAUAUUGCGGUUAAUGUGUAAGAAUAUAGUCAAGUGAGAUUUUGUUAGAAUCAUCUAAUUACAUACUUUCAUAAUAUUAAGUCUUUUAUAAUUUUUUAAAUGUGUAUAAUUUAAUAUAUAAAUGAUCAAAAUAACACAUUGAAUUGUGUGAAAAGUCAAAUGUAACAAGCAUGGAACAGAGGAAGUAUUAAUUUGAGUUAUUUUAGUAUAAUAUGGUUUUUAGCCCACAGGAUAUUUUUUCAUUCAAGGAUGAGUAGUACUAUAUUUUUUCAUAAAGGGAGUAGUACUAUUUUUAAAUGAAAGUGGUAGACUUGAGGGAAGACCCAAUAUAAUAAGUUUAUUAGAACAGCAUAAUCAUAAUGAAUAAAAGCAAGAUCACCAAUUAAAUUAUGAAUUAAAGGACAAUAAUUAAAAGUAUCUUUAAAUUUAUAUAUUGUGUAGUUGGUAAAAGUUAGAGCAAACCAUUUGCUAAGCAAGCCCUCUUUUCUCCAUAUAGUCCAUUUGAAUGUUAUUUAAAGUAUCUAUUCUUUAUAUCCCUCUAAACUUCUCUUUAUUUUCCUCCAUACAAAUUAGAAUCCUUUGUGAGAAUUACUUGUAUCUGUAUGGCAUCCGGAUCACAAUCUGAUGCAAGUGAUAGUGAUAUGUUACACUUCUCUGUAUCGGUAAGAAUUUUAAUAGAGUAUAUAACAUAUCUUGAUAUAUAAGCACAAGCUUAAGUUGAUGGUUACACCCAAAGAUAUCCAAUAUGCUAUCAAAUUACUUUCCAGUGAUAAAAAUGAUAGGGCAUAUAACAUAAUAUUGAAGUCUUAACCAUCAACUUAAGCAGUUUAUUGAAUUGAUAGAGUAUAUAACAUAUAUUAGUGCCUCAAACAUCAGUAUACUAUAUAUACCAUAUAUUAGAGUCUUAACCAUCAGGUUUGACUUUUGGUUGAAUUAAUAGAGUAUUAUAUAACAUAUAUUGGUUCUCUACCAUCAGCUUUAACUUAAGUUUUAGUUGAAUUGAUAGAGUAUGUAAUAUAUAUUUGGAUUUUAUCCAUCAAUUAAUACUUCUGGUUGAAUCGAUAGAAUAUAUAACAUAUAUUUAGUCCUCAACUAUCUUUGAAGCCUAAAAUAUGAAGUAGUAUCAAAAAAGAUCAAUCAAGUUAGCUCUAGCUAUUCUAUCACUAUUUCUAUUAUAUUCUUCUUUUGUGUCAUAUUUCAGGAGUUAACUUCAUAUCUGAGUGAUAUAAUGCAUAAAGUCUUUGCUGGUAAAGAGCGUGAUAUAGAGGAAAUAUUGAACUCCCAAACAACUAGGAACUUUAAUAAGGUGUAUCAUUACCCUAGGGUUCCUCUUGUUGAAGUGUACGAUUGGUGUAUUGAUAACACAUUUGUGAAGGAUCAAAUUGCUAAUAAUUCAUUUUGGUCGCGAGCUAAAGAAUGUUGUGGGAUUUUUCCGAGCUAUAUUGUAAAGGAUUUUGAGCAGACCGUUGUACUGGAACCUAAAAUGGGCGAGAAUGUAUGUGUUAAAAUACUUGAGGGAUUUUUCAAGACCCAAAAAAGGGUUAUACAUUUGGGUUUAGUCCAAAUAGCUAUAAGGCCACUCAGAAGGGAACGUUUCUCAAAUGUUCCAAUAAAAGUUGGUUUAACAGAUAAAAGUCAUCCUAUCUUUGGGGAUUCCAUUUUGGCAUUAGUUGAAACAAAUCUAUCUCAAGGACCUUUCCAUUUUAAUUGUUUUCCUGAUAGUUUUUACAAUUUACAAGACCCUAGUCAAUCUGUGGAUGCCCUUAAAUUAUAUGUAAUGACGAGUUGGAUACCUUUGGUAUUGUCCUACAGGGUUGUGUGUGAAGUGUUGGAGCAUCCAACUUAUAAGUUUUCGAAUCGGGUUUCAGGAGAAACAACUUACAUUCAAACUGCGAUACCGAAGACGACUAAAUGGGAUCAGGUGGAGCUUCCAUACCGGUGGAUAGAAAAUUACUUUGGGUUUUACGAUUGCUAAUCAGCUUGCAUUCAUCAUAUUAUCUCGCCUUUUGAUUUGUAGAUCAAUGUGCAUAGUGCACACCCAUUGCGACGUGUUCAGGGUUGUUAAUUGUUUUAUAGUUCAAAUGCCGGUUGAAAAGUCAUUUACCAAAUGUUUUUUUCAGCUUUUUGACUAAUCAGCAAGUAAAAGGCCAGCAUUAAGAUUAUUGACCAAACAUCCUUAUGAUUAUGAAGUCAAUAUAUUAUAUAUGUGUAAUAUUUUUCUCAAAAAUGUUUUUUGAAACAUCGUCAAACGAAUCAAUACUAGCUUGUAAUAUAGUAUUCAUGUUUUGUUUUGUUAUGUAUGAGUGAGCCUGCGACUAGUCUUAACUCCAUGAUCAUGUUCAACAUCUUUUA